UUCAACUCCAACCACCAAGCCAUGGCUUUCCUCUCCGACUUUGUCGACCUCUCCCAGCCGUCUUUACAGUGGGCCCUGCUAUCCGUCGCUUUCAACCCCAUCUUCUGGAACAUUGUCGCCCGUGCUGAAUAUCGGAAUCACUACCUGACUCGUAUAUUCGGCAAUCCCUACUACGGUUGCUACUUCCUCGCGGUCACCAUAUUCGGCCUGGGAAUCCUGCGAGACCACAUCUACCAACUGGCCCUGGAUGAUCAGCCCUACUAUGCCCCUGUGCACCAACCGAUUCUCGGCGGGCUCCUCUUUGCCGUCGGCUCCGUCCUGGUCCUGUCCAGCAUGUAUGCCCUAGGUGUGACCGGCACUUAUUUGGGAGACUACUUCGGAAUCCUGAUGGAUGCCCCCGUCACCGGCUUCCCGUUCAGUGUCACCGGCUCCCCCAUGUACUGGGGCAGCACCCUGAACUUCUUGGGUGUUGCCCUCUACAAGGGCAAGGUGGCGGGCGUCUUUCUAUCAGCCGGAGUAUUCGUCAUGUACUGGUUCGCUCUCCAGUGGGAGGAUCCCUUUACGGCGGAGAUCUAUGCCAAGCGCGAGCGCGAGCGCGCAAAGUCGAAGCAAGGAGGCAAACGCUUGUAAAUGCAGUCCUGCAAACAGAACACCCGAGGGUCUGGCUGGACGCCUACUCCCAUAGAAUGACCAUGCAUUGUGAUGACACUAGCAAUACGUCUUUCUGGUGUGGAUGGGAGGAGAGGGGCCUUGGACUUUCAACAUCCAUACCGUUCCUGUGAGUCCCCAAAUAUCAUUUGGGGGAAGACCAAGUCCUAUGGUUUAGGUGACGUGGGUAUAAGAUUCCAGAAAACGCACCGUCAAUCUUCAACGAUAAUCAGACAGCUAGCCUGUUGAUCAGUCAACAGAGCCGGAGACCAAUGAGAGGCAGUGGUCAAACAGACAUGAAAGCUGCCUCGCAUGCCUUGCUACCUUCGCUUAGAGCAAAAUGGUCAACCGGAGGAGGAAAGGGAAAAGAAAUAGAGGAGGGGGAAGAAAAGCGUUGUGAUUGCGUUUAGUGUAUCAUUUUUAAUUUUUUAAUGUCGCAUUUUACACGAAUAGGAACAAACAACGGGUAUCAUUUGCU